AUGAAUCUAUCGAACCGUUUUGGCUCCAAUUCCAAGACGGCGAUACUCAACGAUUCUUACUCCGACGAGAAUCAUUCUUCCUCCGCCGCCGCCGCCGUAACUUCCGUCGUAAUCCCACCGUGCUCCGGCAAUGUACUCCGAGCCGUUCUCUUGCUCUUCUUCAUCUGCUUCUGCUUCUCCCUCUACAGAACUUCUGGUUAUCUCCGAAUCGUCUCUGACUCUUCCUCCACCCUCUCUCGCAUUUUCCCCUCUGUCAACGAUUCUUCUUCGUCUCCGUCUCCAUCUCCGUCUCUGUCUCCGGAGGAAAUUGAGGAACCUAAGCUAGAAGAAGUAUUGCGUAGAGCAGCAACUAAAGAUGGUACAGUGAUUUUGACAACUUUGAAUGAAGCUUGGGCGGCUCCAGGAUCUGUGAUUGAUCUUUUCUUUGAGAGUUUUAGAAUUGGUAAAGGAACAAGAAGGCUAUUGAAACACUUGGUGAUCAUUGCUUUGGAUGCUAAAGCUUAUUCACGUUGUCAAGAACUGCAUAAGCAUUGCUUCAGACUUGAAACAGAAGGUGUUGAUUUCUCUGGUGGUGAAGCUUAUUUCAUGACUCCUUCUUACUUGACAAUGAUGUGGAGACGAAUCUCUUUCCUUCGCUCUGUUCUUGAAAAGGGUUACAACUUUGUUUUCACGGAUGCUGAUGUGAUGUGGUUCAGGAACCCUUUUCGACGGUUUUACGAAGACGGUGAUUUCCAGAUUGCUUGUGACCAUUACAUAGGAAGGCCGAAUGAUUUUAGGAAUAGACCAAAUGGAGGAUUUACCUUUGUGAGAGCCAAUAACCGAAGUAUAGGCUUCUACAAGUUCUGGUAUGAUUCAAGGACCAAGUACCCCAAAAACCACGACCAGGAUGUUCUAAACUUCAUCAAGACAGAUCCUUUCCUUUGGAAACUAAGGAUUAGGAUUAGGUUCUUGAACACAGUGUAUUUUGGUGGAUUCUGUGAACCAAGCAAAGAUUUGAAUCUUGUUUGUACAAUGCAUGCGAAUUGCUGCUUUGGUUUGGAUAGUAAGCUUCAUGAUCUUAGAAUCAUGCUUCAAGACUGGAGAGAUUUCAAGUCUUUACCACUUCAUAGUAACCAAUCCUCUGGUUUCACCUGGAGCGUCCCACAGAAUUGCAGUCUUGAUUCACUUAGGCCUGUUGAUUCUAAGGAUGAAGAAGAGAGUGAACCACCAGGAGAAUCUACACAGUGA